CAAAACCUCGUCAAACAACAAGACCCUCCAAAUCCAAACCCAACACGGAAAAUGGCUUCUCGCCAUUUCACAAUCCUCUGCUUCCUGCUCUUCUCCCUGGCUUACGCCCAGCCUAAGAACCCGAACCCAAACCCAAACCCGCUGAUCCAGCAAGAGUGCAACCGCACGACGGCCCCGACGGCCUGCCUCCAGUGCCUCGAGCCCGACCCUGAUUCCCGGGCCGCCGACCGGGCCGGGCUCGCUACCGUCCUGGUCAAGUGCGUCGUGGCCCGGUCCAAGUCUCUGCUGGCUGCUAUGUCGCCUCUGGGGCAGGGAUUCUUGGCAAAGCGCGACAAAGUGGGGGUAACGGUUUUUCUGGUGUGCAACGUGGCAAUCGAUGGGAUGGCUCUGGAGCUGCCUGAUGCCGUCGGGUUCUUGGCAAAAGGGGAUUACCAGGGAGCCAACGGCGUCGUUCAGGGAGCUCUGAAGUAUCAGGACGCUUGCUUGUUCCUGGCGAAGUCUCGCGGCCGCGUGUCUCAACUUUUUGCUCCGUCUCUGCUCGAUGAAGUCGCGGCUAACGUCGCACUCUCUGAGGCAUUCUCGCAGAUCGUUGGCAUGCCAGCCUGAGAGCUGGUAGCUAGUGAUGACCGAAUUAGUACAAUUAACGUACAAUAGAUAUGGUAAUUGCUAUAAUUAAUGCGAGUAAAUAAUAACUAUGUUUAUGUGACAAGAAGCAGAUUAUGUGAUGAUAACUUGGCCUAGGCAUGGUUGUAAUUCUCUGCUUACUACGAUAUGUAAUUUCAGGGGAGAUUAAAUAAAGUGAAACCUUAUUAAGAUGUGGUCACGAUUAGGAAUAACAAUGAGGUAGGUCAGGAAGAAAUCUCAAUAUCCAUAUUCAUUUUGUGAAAGAUUGGAUUCAAAUACAAACAAAUUACAAAUAAUUAAUCAUCGUUCUUGGU